AUGGGCGCAAACCUUUCAGUCCCUGAAGAGGCAGCAGCAUGUCUGCAUGACAGCCACCCUUUUGUUUGCUGCACGGAAGAGAUAGUUGCUGCAGCAGCAGCAGCAGAAUCGUUAAGCUGCAGCAGCAGCAGCUGGAAGCAGCUGCUGCUGCUGCAGCCCCACUACAUGCCUGAAGGUACUGCAGCAGCAGCAGCAGCAGUAUGGGUUCGUUUGCUGCUGCCGCUGCUGCUAACAAACCACAAGACAGGCAACGUAAGGGCUCUACUUGUCUUUCUUGCUUCACGCUUAGAUGCUUUUGCUGCUGCACUCAGCUGCAUAUACACCGCAAACUGCAGCAGCAAUAGCAGCAGCAAACCGCCAACGCACACAAACAAACAGAACCAGCUGCUGCAGCAAGCAGCAGCAGCAGCAACAGCAACCGAAGCAGCAGCAGCAGAAACAGAAACAGCAGCAACAGACGCCUCUGGAGAAACAACAGCAACAGCUACAGCAUCUCCUGCUGCUGCUGCUGCUGCUGCUGCUGCUCCUGAUGCUCGUGCAUUAAGGAAUGCUGCAUUUAUGUGCCGUUUGGUUGUUGCUGCACUGACGCAGCAGCUAACAGCAACACAAAUCCUUCUUGCUGCUGAGUACAUACCUGCUGCUGCUGCUGCUGCUGCUGCUGAUGUUGCUUCUGAUGAUGAUGAUGAUGAUGAUGAUCUUCAUGCAAGAGACGAAGCAGCAGCAGAAGCAGCAGCAGAGGCAGCAGCAGCGCAGGAACAACCUGCAGCAGCAGUAGCAGCAGCAACACCAACAACAGAAGAACCACCUGCAGCAGCAACAGCAGCAGCAACAACAGCAGCGACAGCAGCAGCAGAUGGGGUGCUGGAUUCGGCUGAAUUGCAAGGAGAGGAAGGGGGCCCGAGGGAGAUGCUCAGUCCUUUAAAGAGCAGCAGCAGCAGCAGCAGCAGCAGCAGCAGCAGCGGCAGCAGCAGCAGCAGCGGUAUUACGCUAAAGAUAAUCUACAGAGAGAAAGUGCUGCUGCUGCUGCAGCCAAGCAGCAGCCUUGAGGUGUAUGAACAGGUUAUUACAUUUUUAAGGUCGGCGUACAGCAGAGAUGCAGCAGCAGCAGCAGCAAGAGGGUUCCUCUUUGCUGCGCUGCAGCAGCAACCGAAGCAAGAGCUGCUGCUCUCUUGUGCAGACUUGGUGUCCCCAGACACCGUUCAGGUGCUGCUGCAGCAGCAGCAGCAGCAACAGCAGCAGCAGCAGCAGCACCAACAGCAACUAGCACAGUGGAACGCCGCUGCUGCAGCAGCACCCACAGCCCUCGCUGCAGAUGGCAGCAGCAGCAGCAGCAGCAGCAGCAACAGCAGCAUCAGCACCAAUAACAACAUUCUCAGUUUAUAUUUACUGCCGCUCUGGAUCCCUCAAGAAGUAGACAGUAAAGCUACGCCAAACAGCAGCAGCAGCAACAACAGCAGCAACAGCAGCAGCAGUAGCAGCAGCCAAAACAGCAGCAACGGCACCAGCAACAGCAACAGCAGCAGCUCUUGUUUGCUGCAUUUAAUGCGCUCUAUGUUUAAUUUUCUGGUGUAUAGCCACCCUCCUUGCUUCUAUCAGUCGCUUAUGCUGGAAGCGCAACAGCAAAUUGCUGCUGCGCUGCUGAUGCUGCUGUCUGUUGUAUGCCCCAACCAAGUGAUUGAGAAAGCCUCUAUUCUGUCUCCUGCUGCUGCUGCUGCUGCUGCUGCUGCUGGGUCGGCAGCAGCAGCGCAUGCACGAACUGGUGCUGUUCUUCCUGCUGCAGCAAACUCCACGGCUAAGCAGCAAACAGCAGCAACAGCAGCAGCAGCAGCAACGCCAGGCGAAGGCUCAGUAGAAGGGACGGCAGAGCCAGCAGCAGAUGAAGCAGCAGCAGCAACAGCUGCUGCUGCUGCUGCUACGGAGGACGGUUCAAGCCGCAUGCCUUUCAAUGAAGCACCAGCGCAGCACAGCAGCAGCAGCAACGACAGCAGCAACAGCAGCAGCAACAUGGUGUGCAAGGAUUGUUUGUCCUGGCCAGCUUCUGCUGCUGCUGCUGCAGGUUUUAACUCCGAAUUUUUGCUGCCUCCUCUUAGCAGCGCUGCAGCUCAUUGCGCUCCUCUCUUCUACGCCUUCCAGCAGCAGCAGCAGCUGCUGCUGUUGCAGCAGCAGCAGCAGCAGCAGAUGCAGCUGCAGCAGCAGCAGCAGCACCAGAAGUUGCUGCUGCCGCAGCGUGUAUUUGAGCGUCUUUAUUUUUCUGCUGUUGCUCCUUGCUGCAUCUUUGCUGAUAUUUUAAUGGCGCUCUGGGAGAGCGAAGGAGCAGCAGCAACACAACCCAAAGAGGUAGCAGCAUAUUUGCUGCGUAGUUGGUGCUUGAGUGUCUCUGGAGAGGCAUUUGGCCUUGUUGCACCGCAGCAGCAGCAGCAGCAGCAGCAGCAGCUUCAGGUGCAGCUGUGCCGGGUCGCCUUCCCAAGAGAGUUAGGCGAUCUCUGUCUCUGUUUGCUGCUGCUGCUUGCCUUCCACGCGCAGCCUGCUGCUCGAAUUGCUGCAGCAAUGGAGGCGCUCCAGCAGCAGCAGCAACAGCAACAGCAGCAGCAGCAACAUCAGCAGCAGCAGCAGCAGCAGCAACAUCAGCAGCAGCAGCAGCAGCAGUCAGGUUUGAGAAUGCCUCCAAAUGUGGCUGAGGGGCUGCUGCUGCUUUCAGUUAAAGAGCAGCAAAAACAUAUUCUGCUGCACUACUUGCACGAAAAGGAAGCAACUGCUGCUGCUGCUGCUGCUGCUGCUGCUGCUAGGACCGGGGCUGAACAGGGCCAAGCCAACUACCGCGCCACUCUAGCAGCGAAUCCGUUUGUGUUGGCGUUGAGUUCUUUGUGCGACCCCGUCUACUUCCGUGGUUCAGGUGUCUGUACACCUCAGCAGCAGCAGCAGCAGCAGCAGCAGCAGCAGCAGUUCCCACCCUUCCGAGACAUCUGCUGCAGCAGUUUGCUUCGGUCGUUUGCUGCUGCUCCCCUCUUAGACAGCCAGGCGACUCCUUUGCUGCUGUAUCUUCUUCUCUACCGCAACCGUUGCUUCAGGCUGUAUUGUGUCUCUCGUGGGGAGAUAGAGAAUUUGCUGCUGCUGGCCCUCUUCGAUGCCUCAACUCAAAUUACCUCCAACAGCAAAUUCAAACAGCUGCGACGAGGUACGACCUGCAGCAGCAGCAGCAGCAGCAACAGCAACAGCAGCAGCAGCAGCAGCAGCAGCAGCAAUAACAGGGGGAACAGAAGCAGUAGCAGCUGUACAAGUAGCGGUUGUGGGGCUGCAGCAAUUUCAGCUGCGAAGCAGCAACUGCAGCAGCAGCAACAGCAGCAGCAGCAGCAGCAACAGCAGCAGCAGCAGCAGCAUAUGAAGUGUGCGUGGUGGUGUUGUUUUUCUCUGCAGCAAAAGUAA